AUGUACCAGCAUAUCCUGGCCUUGGUAUUUGCUGUAAAUGAGAUUAACAAAAAUUCCAAACUCUUACUGAACAGCAGUCUGGGUUUCCUUAUUCUCAACAACUACUACAUAGCAAGGAUGACUUACAAGGCUACCUUGAACCUGCUUUGCCAACAUAAUAGGCAUGUCCCAAAUUUCAUCUGUGAUGCUCAGAAAAAAAUAGUUGCUAGCAUUGGAGGACUUAUGACUGAGACCUCAGUCAUUAUGGCCAACAUUUUUGCUGUCUACAAGGUACCACAGAUGGUCCCUGAUGAAGCCUAUCAGUACAUUGGAAUUGUCGGGUUACUACAGCAUUUUGGAUGGACAUGGAUUGGGCUCUUGGCUGUGGAUGAUGACUAUGGGGACAGGUUUCUACAGGCCAUGGUGCCUUUGCUUACCCAAAAUAGCAUCUGUUAUGCAUUCAUUCUUAGACUACCAAAACGGUCUUACUUCGAUGAUUAUGCAGACUUCUUGUUAGGGCAAGUAGAUAAUUAUCGAGUUCUCAUGGAGGAAAAAGCCACUGUAUGUUUUGUAUAUGGAGAACAUCCAUCCUGGCAGGAUUUACGAAUGAUGCUGCUUUUUGCACCAUUUUUCUCAUUACCACCUCUGGCUAAAGUGUGGAUUGUUACAUCCCAAUGGGAUUUUGAAUCAUUGUCUGUUCAAAGGAUGUGGGACAUCCAGCAUUUCCAUGGUGCUAUAUCUGUCACAGUUCACUCGAAUCAGCCACUGGGAUUCCAACAAUUUGUACACAAUAUAAAGCCUUUCUGGGCAAAAGAAGAUCAUUUUAUUCAGAAUUUCUGGGAGCAAGCAUUCAGCUGUUCCUUGAAGAUUUUCAGUGUGAAUAUGGAGAUCAGUAAAUUCUGCACUGGUGAGGAGAAGUUGGAGAGCCUUCCUCAUACUUUUUUUGAAAUGAACAUGAUUGGCCAUAGCUACAAUAUCUACAAUGCUGUUUAUACUGUAGCACAUGCACUGCAUGCCAUGUACAUAUCAAACUCCAAACACAGAAGAUUGUUAGAAGGAGGGAAAGUGGGAUUUCAAGUUGUGCAGCCAUGGCUGAACGGACUUAAAAAUGACCCAAGUAAUUACCGGCCAAUUAGUUUGCUCUCCAUCGUGGGUAAGAUGCAUGCCAGCUAUUUGGGCUCCAAGCUGAAAUUGUGGGUGAGCGCCAAUAACAUCUUGGGAGAAGAGCAGAUUGGAUUUAAAUCAGGUUGCUCUAUUCUUGAUCAUUGCUUGGUCCUAGCUCAGCUGGCGUACAAAUACUCCAAGCCUCGUGGAGACCUGCUUGAAAUGGAACUUAAUGGGGCCAAGGCAAUGGUGAAACAGCGACUAGUUGACAUUGACAACCAAGAGCUCCUUGUAGCAGCCUCUGGCCCCUGUUCCCCCCACUCAUUGGGUUUGGCAGACUCCCCUAGUAAAGAAGGGAGACGUUGGCUCUUUGUUCCCAAGUAUAGAAGGGCCUUUUCAUUGGCUCGUUUCGAUGCUUUACCCUCUAAACUCUUAGAGGGCAGUGCUGGGGACACUGUGAGUUUUGAUGAAAAUGGACAAUUAUUAGCAGAUUUUGAUGUUAUAAACUGGGUAACUUUCCCAAACAACUCUUUUGUUAGAGUAAAAGUUGGAAGACUGGAACCUCAUGCUCCUCUGGGCAAAGAGCUGACUCUUAAUGAUGAUCAAAUUUUGUGGCACAGAAGAUUUAAUCAGGUGCAGCCAAUUUCUGUUUGCAAUGACAACUGCUAUCCUGGCUACAGCAGAAAAAAGAAGGAAGGAGAGAGAUUUUGCUGCUACGAUUGUGUUCCAUGUCCAGAAGGAAUGAUCUCUGACAAGAAGGACAUGGAUGCCUGCAGUAAUUGCCCAGAAGAUCAGUAUCCCAACAAGGACCGAAAUCAGUGCAUUCCCAAGAUUUUAUCCUACCUCUCUUUUAAUGAACUUUUAGGAAUCAUCUUUACUACAUCAGCAAUUUCUUUCUCUUUGAUUACAGUAUUAGUGAUUGGAGUAUUUAAGAAGUACCAGGACACUCCCAUAGUGAAAGCCAACAACAGGACCCUCACCUACAUCCUCCUCUUCUCCCUCCUUCUAUGUUUUCUCUGUUCCUUGCUCUUCAUUGGACAUCCUGGAAAGGUGACCUGCCUCCUCCGACAAAUGGGUUUUGGCCUUGUCUUCUCUAUGGCUCUCUCCUCUGUGUUGGCCAAAACUAUUACUGUGCUUAUGGCCUUCAUGGUAACAAAACCAGGAUCCAGGAUGAGGAAAUGGGUGGGGAAAAGAAUGGCAUAUUCUAUUGUCCUUUCUGGCUUAUUCUUUCAAACAGGCAUUUGUAUGGUUUGGCUGAUUACUUCCCCUCCAUUUCCAGAUGCAGACAGGCACUCAAUGAAUGAGGAAAUACUACUGGAAUGUAACGAGGGUUCACCCAUCAUGUUUUACUGUGUCUUGGGUUAUUUGGGCAUCCUGGCAACUGUCAGCUUCACUAUAGCUUUCCUAGCCAGGAAGUUACCUGACAGUUUCAAUGAAGCCAAAUUUAUCACUUUCAGCAUGCUAAUCUUUUGUAGUGUUUGGGUGUCUUUUGUUCCAGCAUACCAGAGCACAAAAGGAAAACACAUGGUAGCUGUGGAGAUCUUCUCCAUCUUGUCCUCCAGUGCUGGAUUACUGGGUUCUAUUUUCUCCCCUAAAUGCUACAUUAUUAUUCUGAGGCCUGAGCUGAAUAACAAGGAACAUUUAAGAAGGAGAGAAAAGUAA